GGAGUAGGAUCGCUGAUAAAUUUUUCUUAGUUUAUUUUUCUCUGUAAUUUUCUGUCUAAUAUUGUGUGGAAGCGUAUAAUUCGUCCGUUUUGGAAUAAAUUUGGCGUGGUUGAGGGCUUCGUUGAUUUUAGUGCUAAGAUAGAUUGUGGCAUCAUGAUUUUCGCUGCUUUUAGUCAUUUUAGUGGUAGCAGACGAGGUUCUUUAAUAUAGCAGAUACGUUUUCUUCAAAGUGAUCUUUUCGACACUUUAUAUAGGCGGAAGACCACCUCAUCUUUACAGGAAGCUAAAAAAUAUAAAAAGUUAAAAAAUAUAAAAAGUUAAAAUUUCUUAUUGCAGAGAGUCCCUGCAAUUCCCUAAAUAAUGAAAAUCUCUUUUUUCCUUCAUUUCCCGUCCCCAGAAGGAGGAAAAACCUGUUAUGAGCAUUCUAACCUCCUUGGUUAUGAGGGUGUUUGCUCAGGUUCUAGACACUUCUUAAAUAACUUGGCGCGAACACUAUUUACAGAUAUUCCUGCAACCAAGAAAAUCCCGUAACUCCUCGUGUUUGUUUCCCUCUCUUUGUGCGAACUACCUGAAUAGCAGCAAUAAAAGUUUAUUUCCAUAAAUAAAUACAUAUAUCACAAUUUGAUUAUAGGAAGCUGGAAGUAUCAGGCUUUGCCAUUAAUAAAGAAAAGUAGAUUGUAAAAAGUCAAGUUUUCCAUUAUUGAUAUUUUAAAUUAUAUUGUACGGGAUUGUUACAUUCUUAAUUCAUCAUGCUAUCUUCAUUGAGAGCUGCUGGGAAAAAACUUUUAGGUGCAUAUUCUGCAACUGUCAGACAUGAAAAUAGUUUUCAUCAAAGCUCCAAGCACUUCCUUCGGAUCCCCCUGGCUAUUUCAAAAGAUGAAGGAAAAGCAUAUGAUAUUUAUUCCAGACUUUUAAAAGAGAGAAUAAUUUAUGUUAUGGGUGAUAUCACAGAUGAUAUGGCUAGUGUGGUUGUAGCGCAACUUUUUUAUCUUCAAUCUAAAAGUAGUACAGAACCUAUACAUAUGUACAUAAACAGUUCUGGAGGAUUGGUGACUGCUGGAUUUGCAAUUUAUGAUACUAUGCAAUAUAUUUUGCCCCCAGUAGCUACCUGGUGUGUAGGUCGAGCAUGCAGCAUAGCAAGUAUUUUGCUUAGCGCUGGUGAACAUGGUAUGCGGUAUUCUCUUCCUAAUUCUAGUAUAAUGAUACAUCAGCCAUCUGGUAGUGCUUGGGGUGCAGUUACUGAUGUUCAAAUCCACGCUGAACGGCUGUUAUUUCAUAAGAAACAAAUGAAUAGUAUAUUGGCUAAACACACAAAGCAGCCAACUGAAAUCAUUGAAAAACAUAUGGAACGGGUUCAGCAUAUGACUCCAGAACAGGCUAAAGAUUUUGGUUUAAUAGAUGAUGUCUUAUCACGUUCUCCUAUUCUAGAAGACGAAAAAGAGACAGCCUCUGUUGAACAGUAAAAUGGACUUUCUAUUUUAAUUAUAUGUGCUCAGUUGUAAUUUUUGUCUUAAGACUUUUAAUAAAUCUUUUUGGUCAUA